UCAAAAUAAACUUCCAGCUAUCGGGAGAGAAAAGAAAGGAUACGCGGCUCCCGAAAACUUUUCCUAGGACCAGUUAGGAGUUAAGCGCCAACAUUUUGUAUGUAUUUACAUGUUUAAUAAUUUAUCAGAUUACGCAUUGAUGGCACUACUUACGAAUGGAACCUGACAGGAACGCAUGCUGAUAUCGGUUCCACUGUCUGUGUCAACCGCCUUUGUUAGAUAGACGAGCUUUUAACUGUCUUCAUCACUUUAGUUGCAUUGCUGGAAUACAAAUGUUGGUUUUAUAAAGAUGAGAUGGUUCUUAUUUAGCUAUAUAGCUAUUCAGUUAGUUGUUUAUUCAGCCAAACCAACUUGUCAGUUAUAAUUUUACUUUUUCGUGUUUUAGUUUACUUAAGAGGCAUGCUUCUCGAAAUGUAUUGAAGGAACCUCCAACUCCAAACUAGACCCUCGCAUAUUCCCAAAACGUCUUAUGCAAAGUGAUCUACGAGAUUACAUUGGUGGUUCACAUAAUUAGAAACGAUGGCUGGCGUGGUGCGCACCCUUAGCCGGUGUUUGCUCCCAGCCGAAGCCAGCCGUGAGAGAAGUAACAGCAAAGAGAGAACUCGGGACACUAGAGAUCCAAAUCAAGAACGAGAGGCAAAGAGACGCAGUCGAGAAAUUGAUGCUAUGCUCGCCCGUGAGAGACGGUCAAUCCGCCGGCUGGUGAAGAUUCUGCUCCUUGGAGCCGGGGAAAGUGGGAAAUCCACGUUCUUGAAGCAGAUGAGGAUUAUCCAUGGGAAGGAGUUCGACCAGAAAGCACUGCUGGAGUUCAGGGAUACUAUCUUUGAAAACAUCAUUAAGGGGAUGAGGGUGCUGGUGGACGCCCGUGACAAGCUGGGUGUGACCUGGCAGAACUCGGAGAAUGAGAAGCACGGCAUGUUCGUCAUGGCUUUUGAGAACAAGGCCGGGCUGCCCGUGGAGCCCUGCACCUUCCAGCUGUACGUGCCCGCUCUGCAGGCCUUGUGGGGGGACACGGGGAUACAGGAGGCCUACGGCCGCCGCAGCGAGUUCCAACUGAGUGAAUCAGUUAAGUACUUCCUGGACAACUUAGAUCGCAUUGGGGAACUGAGCUACGUCCCAAGCAGGCAGGAUAUCCUCCUGGCCAGGAAAGCGACUAAAGGUAUUGUGGAACACGACUUUGUCAUCAAGAAGAUCCCCUUCAAGAUGGUGGACGUCGGGGGCCAGCGCUCGCAGCGGCAGAAGUGGUUCCAGUGCUUCGACGGCAUCACCUCCAUCCUCUUCAUGGUCUCGUCCAGCGAAUAUGACCAGGUCCUGAUGGAGGACCGGCGCACCAACCGCCUGGUGGAGUCCAUGAAUAUCUUCGAGACCAUCGUAAACAACAAGCUCUUCUCCAACGUCUCCAUUAUCCUCUUCCUCAACAAGAUGGACCUGCUGGUGGAGAAGGUGGGCCAGGUGAGCAUCCGGAAGCACUUCCCGGACUUCCGAGGCGACCCACAUCGCGUGGAGGACGUGCAGGCCUACCUGGUGCAGUGCUUCAACCGCAAGCGGCGCAACCGCAGCAAGCCACUGUUCCAUCACUUCACCACCGCCAUCGACACGGAGAACAUCCGUUUCGUGUUCCAUGCCGUCAAGGACACCAUCCUACAGGAGAAUCUCAAGGACAUCAUGCUGCAGUGAGAGCAAGCUUCCUUUAGCUGUUGGGCUCCGGCAGAUGGGCCUGUCUGACUGCACUGUAUGUCCUCAA